AAAGCAAAAUUUUUAAAUAGAUUCCUUUGAAUAAAAAAUAUUUCUGUAUUUCUACAUGUAUUUUUCAUAAAUGAGCAGACUUUCGAAAUACAUGAUUACGUAUCUGGGGAAACAAAUUACAGAUUCGCAUCGAUGGUGAACGAUAACUUCAAAAUGAUCAUGUCGAUGCAAUUUUUGAUAAGCACCGGAGCCGUGUGUUUCAAUCUCUAUCGAUUGUCGGUGAUGGAAUUUGGCCCAAAAUUUAUGGAAACAGCGACCUACACGUUGUGUCUGCUCAUGCAGGUAUUCUACUACUGCUGGUACGGCAACGAAGUCAAACUGAAGGUACGUUUUACUUGUGAUCUAAUGAUCUUGCUAGAGAGUCUGGAAAUUCCUAACGCGGUGCUGGAAAGUAAUCUACCAUUUUUAAACGACAGCUCGAAGAAGAUUCUUUUACUGAUCACGAGACGCGCGUUAGAACCUAUCGAAUUCACUAGUUGCCAUGUCAUCUCCAUGAACCUCGAAUCUUUCGCUAUAGUCAGUAUCAAAGAAACAAGUAACGCUUUAACCCUUUGA